AUGGUUUCGUUUCGCACUCUUCUUUCGACUCUCGCCAUACUUGCGACUGCAGAAUGCAGUAUCAACUGGAAACCCUGCAACCCGCGUGAAUUCGAUUCAAGCGCUCUGCCUGUACCGUUUCAAUGCGGAACACUAGACGUGCCCUUCGACUACACCUCUCGCAACAGCAGUGAGAAGCUAAAGCUCAAGCUGCUGAAGGCGCCUGCGCCGUUGAAAUCAAAGGGGACAAUCUUGUUCAACAUGGGCGGUCCAGGUGUCAAGAAUCGAGAUGACUUCGCCGGGAUUGCUCCUACCUUUAUCCCCUUAACUGGUGGCCAACAUGACUUGGUUAUCUUUGAUACACGCGGAACUGUUGACACUGUCCCAUUUUCGUGCUACGAUGAUCAAAUCGAAGCGUUUAACUCUUUUCUCGGCAUGGCGCCCGCCAAUGAAUCAGAUACUUCAGUGGGGAGACUAUGGGCUCGUGCAGCGGCCGAUGCAGAGGCCUGUUUGGAACACUCGGCCAAAAACGGGAGCGUUAUAACAACCGCUUUUGUGGCAAGGGAUUUAAUGUCCGUUGUUGAUGCCCUGGAAGAAGACGGCCUGCUGAGAUACUGGGGUCUUUCAUAUGGCACGACCCUCGGCGCGACUGUGGCUGCAAUGUUCCCUGAUCGUCUCGAUAAGGUUAUCCUCGACGCUGUACAGAAUGUUCACGAAUACUAUCAUGCACAGGCAAAUUAUGAAGAAUGGGAAGUGUCUGAUGAAAGUUUCUCGGACAUCUUUUCCGAAUGUGUCAAAGCUGGACCCGAGCGCUGUCUACUGGCCGCACACAAUAAGACGGCCGAGGAGUACGAAGCCGCCGCUUAUGAACUCUUGGAAAUCGUCAAGUACCAGCCAAUUCCUGUGGGCAAACUGGUAUUGGAUUAUUCAACAGCCAAGGGCAUCUAUGCCACAGCCACUUACUCACAGCGUUCCUGGGAGCUCACGACAACCCUUGUUGAUAGCAUCAUGUUUGGCGCCGACACCCCACUUGACGCUGUUCUAGGAACAUCGUCGGCUAAUCUGACUGCCGAAACUGCUCCAGGCUUCAUAGCCGGUGACAUUAGCCUGGCGGGAAUUUACUGCUCAGACAACCAAAGACGCACGCAGAGUCUUGACGACUUUGCUCCCGUGAUCGAUAAGCUUUACGACACCAGCAAAAUCAUGGGAGAUCUUGGUGUGGGCUCGUACAUGCGAUGCCAGCAGUGGAAGAUCGAGCCCAAGGAGACCUACAGGGGUAGCUUUGAGCAUAUACAAACCAGAAAGCCUCUAUUAGUCAUUGGAAACACCCUCGACGGACACACACCGCUCAAAUCUGCAUAUAACACCAGUUCGAUCUUUGAAGGAAGCUCGGUCUUGGAAUUGGACGGCAAUGGCCAUGGCUCCACCGCUGUUCCUUCUGAAUGUGGGCUGAAGGCCAUUUCUGCUUACUGGGUGAAUGGAACGCUACCUGAGAAUGGCACAAGAUGCCCCAGGGAUGUCGAGCCGUUCACGAAAGAUUGGUGGCCCGAGGUUUUCAAAGCUGCUGGUGUCAAUGAAACAUGGAUCAAGGCGGGUAACCCAGCUUGA